GAAUUCUUCUGGUUGUUCAAGAUGAUAAGGUUACCUGUGAUGAUGACAAUGAUAAUGACAAUUUGAUAGAGAAAUUGUAUAAUAAUGUAGAAAUGCUCAACUUUCAAAAUGUAAUAGAUCUAGAGAAAUAUAUUAAUUAUUCAAAAGAAAAAAAUGUAAGCGGAAUACUAAGUGACCAGGAAAUUAUAAACCAAAUUACAUACCCAGAUCCUGAAACUGCCGAAGAUAAUGAGGAGAGUGAUAAGAAAGAUGAUAAUAUAGAAUUAUCUCAAGUUAGUUACAAAGAAGCAUCAGAUGCUGUACAUUUAUUAGAGUUAUAUCUCAUGCAACAGGACCUUAGUGAUGUAGCUCAUACAGAAUAUGACAUAGCUUUAUCAAAGUUGUCUGGGCUAGUAAGAAAAUUCUAG